UCAAGCGUUGUUCCGCGGUCAAUUGAUAGCAGUGAUCGUUUAGUUGUCUAGUCGUUUUUGAGAAGUUUACCGGUGCAUAUCGUGUACAGUGGGAUGAGCGAUGACGAAAGUUUUUGAAAUUGUAAUAUUCACGACGAAUUUUUUUCAUAUCAUCUCGGGAGCCAACAUUCUGUGUUUAUUUGGUGUCGCUAGUCCAAGUCAUCAUAUUUGGAAUCGAGCGAUAGUCGAUGCACUAGCUGCCAAAGGUCAUAAUCUAACAAUAGUAUCAGCAAAUGUGGAAACUAAUGCUCCAAAGAAUGUUCACUAUAUCGAAUUGGAGGAAACGUACGCGGAACUGUACAGCGGCCCUGCCCAUUUAGAUUUGAUUGAAAUGGCUAACGAAAACUUAUUCACAGCCGUUGCUUCAUUUUACAAUAAUUUCGUAUUAAUUGAAUGUCGCGGUAUUUUAAAGUCGAAAGGACUGAGUUAUAUAAAAAACUAUCCAGACGAUUUUAAGUUUGAUCUUGUGUUAAAUGAUAUGACCUGUGGAGGAUGCUUGAAUGGGUUAAUACACAAGUUCCACUACCCGCCCUUGGUUAGCGUAACGGCGUUCAAUAACCCACCUCACGUCACCGAUGUUAUAGGAGGACACAAAUACUAUGCUUAUGUGCCUUUUUAUUCAUUACCUUACGGAACUGAUAUGUCAUUUUUCCAGCGUGUUCAAAAUACUCUAUUGUACAUCACGGAUUAUCUAUACCGUACAGUAAUUAGUAAUCCGAAGCUAGAUAAUAUGGUAAGGAAAUAUUUUGAGUACGAUGACCUACCAUACGUUCCAGAUAUGGACCGUCUUAGCAAGGUUAUUCUAGUGAAUGCUCAUCAUUCAAUUGACUUUCCGGAGCCGAUACCACCAAAUUUGAUAACAGUUGGUGGUCUUCAAAUCAAGGAACCCAAACCGCUACCCAAAGAUUUGGAAGAUUUUGUUGCCCGUGGUAAAAAAGGUACAGUGUUGUUUUCGUUAGGAUCCAAUGUUCGAAGUGAUGAGUUAGGAGUCGAACGGCAGCAGAUGUUUAUCGAUGCUAUGAAACAAAUUCCACAAUACAAUUUUGUAUGGAAAUUCGAAUCUAAUCUUAGUAUACAAUUACCAAAAAAUGUAAUCAUUAGAAAAUGGUUGCCCCAGAGUGAUAUUCUGGCUCAUCCUAACGUAAAGGGAUUUAUUAGUCAUGCAGGUUUGCUAAGUACGCAUGAAGCCACGUGGCGUGGGGUCCCAAUUAUUGGAAUACCAUUUAUCGCCGAUCAAUAUCGGAAUAUAGAGCGAUGUAUCCACAUGGGUGUGGCUGAACGAUUAGAACUGCAAACACUGACAACUGAACGAAUUCGGGAUACAGUGAGAACGGUUCUGGAGACUCGCAGUUAUCGAGACAACAUGAAAAGGUUAUCGACCAUGUUCCGUGAUCAACCGGAAAAACCAAUUGAUCGAGCUGUAUGGUGGAUAGAAUGGGUCCUACGACAUCCCGAUGCGGACAACAUUCAGUCGCCGGUUUUGAAGUUAGGUUUUCUCAAAAGUAACCUAGUGGAUGUUAUUGCCUUUUUGGCGUUAGUUCCUAUUGUUUUAGUGUUGUGUAUUAAGCGGUUUGUUCUUACUAACCGGAAAGUAGAUCAAACGAAAAAGAACAACUAAUCUAUUUCUUUUAUAAGCCUUUUCAACGCGAAUCAUCUUUAUGGAUUGCUAAAUGUCGAUAAUGAAUGAAUAUUAUUCGAAUAACUGAUUUUUCAUCUGUCUAUUCUUCUACUAUUCCAAUGUUCUAUCGAAUUUACGAAAAUUCAUCGUUCAUCAAAGUCCAGAAAUGUUAAACAUUAGAAUUAAUCAUAAUUAUUCUCGAUUAGGAUUUUAUUAGAUUGAGUUAAAGUAAUGAUUACUACCUCGUUACAUGUAUAAAGAACGCUUGAAUCGCAUAACUAAUGAAACUUGAACUUCAUAAUAACUAACUGAAUAAAUUAUGUUAUGGGUUGUGUUGCACGCAUUUUAAAUGAUGAUGCGCUUUAUCGUAAAUUUAUAGCUUUUUGAAAUGCGCAAUACGUCUUUGUUUGAAGUAGAGAGCACACUUUUCAAAUAUGAGCAUUAUACAAAUACAAAACAAAAACUAAGGGCAUAUUUAGUAGUACUCUAGUUCGAGAUGCAUAGUAUAUGUCAGUUUUAAAAUUUAAAUCUAGAUUUUAUAACAAGAAAAACUGGCAGUAACAUCAAUGUUUUGCUCGUGUUUCAAAUUAAAAAAAAAAUAGAACGGCAUUGUAGACCAGUUUUAAAUUUGACAGAAGAACUGUUCGAAUAAAUAAAACAAUAAUUGCUUACUUGGGAUACGUUCGUUCAAGUUUCAGGAUUGAAAGGAUUACUCUAAGGAUUGAAAAAGUACUAUUAUUCAAUUGAUAUUUACCAGUUAUUAUCAAACACUGUGAGUUACUUUCACGAACAAAUUCAAACAUGUUAUGUUAUGUGUUUUCUUUAAAAAUAAAGGAUAAUAUCCCA